AUGAUUCGAGAACAGGAUGGAAAGGGGGACAACGAUUUUGCAAGGAUCAAAGAUAAGAAAGUUGAAGAGAUGGAAGAACGGCGAAGGUUGAUGGAGAAAAAUGCCGAAAAGAAACGACAAUUACGUCAACAGCACAUCGAACGAAAAGAAACGUUAGAAGCGGAGAAACUGCAACGCGCAGAGACGGUCAUUGAUCUAAAAAUUCGGCAACUUGAACGCAGGCAACGCCUAGCUGAGGAGCUUGCACGUCGUAAACAUCUCGAGUUGCAAGAAUCAUCUAAGAGUAGAAAAAUAAAAUCUGCCACUCCGUGUAUGUCCGACGAAGUCUUGGGGAAGAUACAAACUGAACUCAAGGAAAAGAAAACGCAGGACAAACAGAUACAAACUUCUAACCCGUGGAAUAUCAACGAAGACUUCGAACUAAAGCAGCAGCAGAAAAAAUUAAGUUACAAAAGGGAUCUGCAAAAUCAGUUGAUAGAUAAUCGACGUAGACUGCGCGAAAAAGAAGAGGAGAAGCAUCGUGAGCGAAAAAUAAUGGAAGAAGUUGGCGAGGCAUUGCACGAGGAAAAUUCAGAGGCGGAAAAAAGAAAAAGAGUAACCUUUACUUUGUUGCAAGCUGAGAAGGAUGCUUUCUCAAAGGCUCGACAGUUUUGGAAAGAAAAGAGAAGGGAAGUUCUGAAGCAGGAGAACGACGAGAUUAUGCGAAUCAUCGUCAAAAGAGAAGUUUUACGACAAAAGAGGGAAGCUGAAGAAAAGAUUAAUAUUCAAGCAGCGAAAGAGAGUAUGUUGGAAAGAAUGAUGAGCAAAUUUAUGGAGAAGGAAUGUAAACGAAGAGAACGGGAAGAAAUUUACAGGCGAUUGUAUUUGGCAGAGAAAGAAUACGAAUAUGUAAACGAAGCGAUUAAAGAAGCGUUAAAAAAGAAACGUAUUAUGAGAGAAUUUCAGCAAGAGAUGGCAAGGGCUCAGCAAGCCAUGACUGAAAGGAAAGCGAAAGAAUAUGCGAUCGAUGCUGCUUUCGCCAAGUACUUGGCUGACGAACAAAGGAAACAGGAGGAAAAGGAGAGGUUAAAGGAGCAAACGCGACGUGAAAAAGUUGCUCAGUAUGGAAAUGAAUUGCGAGAGAUUAUAGAGCAAAAUAAAAUGCGACGCUCGAAGGAUACGGCGCAGACGAAGCGUGAAACUAAUAUCAAUUGUGAUGAAAGAUGUAACAUCGUGUCAUUCAAAAUUGAAGUCCCAUGAGGCAAAGAACGAUUUACGUUGUAAAUAACAACGCUGAAGGUGAAAUAAAAAUUUUUUCAAUUCUAC